AUGAACGGUUGCCUUGCGUUACUUCAGGAGGAGAUCGCCAACCUCGACCGUCACAACGUCUUCGGGCCCGUCGUCGCCGACGCGAAGGACGCCAUACCCCUCACAGUGGUCACGACUCCUGCUGGGGGUCUUCGACUCGCCGAGCACAACGUGCAUGUGGAGAAGAGCAGCACGCGGCACAAGCUUGACCCACGCUCACGCGUUGGCGUCUACGUCGGCUUCGCCGAGGAGGACCAGGCCCACGUCGUCUGGAUGCCGGACACGCGACGCGUUGUCCACACCAUCCACGCUCGCUUCGGCGCCAUCAAGAACAAGCACGCCGCCUCCUCUCAGCAGCAGCAAGAGCAGGACAACAGCGGUGCCUCUGCUUCGCAUGCCAACAAGACCGCUCAGCGUUCAACCGAGGACAGUGCCACUGGUGCUCCCACUGCACCACGUGCGGGGGAGCCGCAGCUCCAGCCACGCGCCCUUGGCGGCUCCGUCUGGGACCAGCUUCUGGUGUCUGAGACCCUCGGCGACAAGGACACCUCUGGUGGCUCAACCACCACGUGUCACGUUGCCACCAGCGCUGCUGGUACGGGGGAGAAGACAUCAGCAGUGGGUGGUCAUCUACCAGACAUCGCUGCUGGCAGUUUUGCCACGUCAGCUGAGCCAGCCACCGUCAAGGAGGCGCUUGCCUCGCCAGACUCUGAGGAGUGGCGCCAAGCCAUCCUGGACGAGUUUGCGGCAAUGCAGGCCAAUGACGUCUACGACGUCGUGCCUCGCGCUGACCUUCCCAAGGGCCAGAAGGUGCUCCACAGCAUGGUCAUCUUUCGGAGGAAGUGCGAUGACCAGGGCAAGGUAAUCAAGUACAAGGCGCGCUGGGUUGCCAAAGGCUACUCCCAGGUCCACGGUGUCAACUACACGGACACCUUUGCUCCGACGGCUACCAUCGCAGCCAUCCGCAUCAUGCUCGCCAUGGCCGUCGCGCGUGGCAUGGACGUCCAGCAGAUGGACGUCAACACGGCGUUCCUCAACGCGCCCGUGGAUCACGAGAUCUACGUCCAGCCACCGGCCGUCGACGGCAUCUUCUCGCCGAAUACGGUGCUGCGCCUCAAGCGUGGGCUGUAUGGGCUGAAGCAGAGCCCGCGCCUGUGGAACCACACGCUGGACGCCUGGAUGCGCGAGCAGGACUUCGUCGCCACAGCCACGGACGCCUGCAUCUACCGCCGCACCUGUAAGGGUGGCAAAGUGAUGUGGGUUGCCGUCUACGUGGACGACCUCCUCAUCUUCGCCGACAGCGACAGCGACAUGGCCGCGUUCAAGAACUCCAUCUCCAAGCGCUUCAAGAUGAAGGACCUGGGCAGCCCAGACAUUUGUCUCGGCAUCAAGGUGCAGCACGACCGCAAGGCCAGGACCGUCACCAUGAGCCAGGAGCACUACCUGCGCAGCGUGCUGGAGACCUUCGGCAUGGCUGACUGCAAGCCUGUCGGCACGCCGCUCUGCACGGGCUACGUCGACAAGCCAGCCGACAAGGAGGAGCCACUCCCGGAUGUGCCGUUCCGCGAGCUGCUUGGCUCCCUCCUCUAUGCUGCGACGAUGACGCGCCCAGACAUCUCGGCGGCUGUCUCCAUCCUGUCUCGCCGUAUGCAGCACUUCGGCAUGGACCAUUGGAAGGCUGCCAAGCACCUUCUUCGCUACAUCAAGGGCACCUUGUCCUACACCAUCAAGUACGCCGCCACUGGCGACACCAGCAACGGCAGCACUGCCGACGGCGUGCUCUCAGCGUACUCGGAUGCGUCCUUUGCCUCCGACGUUGACACGCGACGUUCCCGCACGGGCUUCGUCGUCUUCUGUUCCACGGGCCCCGUGUCCUGGAACUCCAAGCUGCAGGCCACCGUGGCCACAGCCUCCGCCGACGCGGAGUACAUGGCUCUCGCAGCCACCGCACAGGAACUCAUGUUCCUUCGCCAACUCCAGGAGGAGCUCACCGGCGCCGUCCUUGCGGCGGCAGCUCCAUGUACAGCUCCUCCUUGA